UAAUAUUGCGUUUUUGUUUUUUUUGUUUUUCAUUUUAUUUAUUGAAAAUACAGUCUUUUCAGCAAUAUGCUGCCCUCUAUUUUUGUAUGUUUUUAUACCCUCAUUAAACAUUUUCUUGAUUUACUUUUGUAUGUCAUAUAUAGCCAAUGAGUAGGCUCCUGCUACUCUAAAUAUUUUAUUUGUUAUCCGUCAUAUUUAAAUUUGAAUUUUAUUCUGGAUCAAGUCAUCGAACUCAUUUGGAUCUGUGGGCCGAUUCACUGCUCCUUCUAUAUUUAUAUAUUCCAAUCUUAAUAGGAUUCAAAUGCGUUUUUGUUUAUUAUGCUAAUACUCAGUAACGUAUUAUGAAUACGGUUGUGUCGCUGUUUCUUAAUACUGAUUCAGGGCACAGUUAAGUUUAUGAAAAUCCGCUGAUUGGUUGGUGUCCUAAUUUGCAUACAUUAUUCGCUGUGAGGUCUUAUUAAAUGUUUCAUUAUCUCGUUUUUUUCACUUACAUCUUAGCAGAUGAGUGUUACCAUUCCUUUAUAACGAACGUCAAAGUCAUGCAAUUUUAAUUCUGUACGUUAUCGUUAGUUACAAGUAUAAUACCAACAUUAUGGUUCUAACGAAAGGCAACGUAUUUGAUCUCGGGAAUGUUUUCAUCUUAUCGGUAAUUUCCCUCUCGUAUUGUGACAGAUGCCCAGAUUCGUGGGAUCCAUUCCAAAGGAGUUGUUAUAAAGUGUUUGCACAGACAGUAAAUUGGACUGAUGCGCUGACAAACUGUGAAUCGGAGGGAGCAAGUUUGUUGGCGAUAUCAUCAUCAGAAGAAAGAAACUUUGUUCGUGAUCUCCGCUACCAAAAAUACGGUUAUUGUGUGAAUACUUGGAUUGGUUUUAAUGACAGAGAGAAUCAAGGUGUGUGGAAAUGGACGACUAACAGUGCGACACAGUACACAGAUUGGUUACCAGGUCAACCAAAUGAUGUAUCUGAACAUUGUGCUGUAAUCAUAUGUAGCGGGAUCGACAAGAAUUGGCAAGAUUAUCCUUGCAGUCACUACUUCAAUUUUUACGUUUGUGAAAUAGAACAACAUUCGUCUUUUGCAAGAAAAGUUUCUGGUAAAGCAGGACAGGCAGCUUGCUUAGUUCCCUACGCCUUAGCCGAUUUCACCCUGGAUAGUAAAGCGACAAGAAGUUUAGCUCACUGUUUUCAAUUCUGCAUCUCGAUUGGCCAGUGCAAGGCGUUCCAAAUUCAGCAAAUGCCAAACAAGGAUUUCAUCUUCAGAAGUAGGUACAAGAAAAAAGAAUCUCUCAAUGACGGAUUUGGUAAGAUGUAAAGUGCUGGUUAGUCGAUGUUUUGAUGAGCUUUGAAAGAUUUGGUCCGAUGUUUACAAAGUAAUCAUUAAUAUUGCUCGCAAUAUCGAAUGGGUCUGUAACUGUAGAGCCUUUGUGUAGAAAAUAUGAGGGAAGAGUUUUUUGUAUAUUGCGUCCCAAGACUGAAUUUAUAGUUUGCCAUGUCUUUUGUAAAUUGCCUUUGUAUAAAUUAAACUUUUCAUUAUAAUGUUUUUACGAGAAAUUCUUAGAAGGUUUGUUAAUUUAUUUCUAUAUAUAACGUAUUUGUCUUUAUCUAAUUGUUUUUUAGAUUUAAUAUAUUUUUUAUAAAGUUUGUUUCUUUUAUCUGUUAAUAAUUGUUAAUGUUUGUUAAUUAUUGUUAAUUUUUAAUUUUCCAUUAGGACGUGUAAUUUUCUAUACAUCAUAGAGGUAUCAUGUGUAAACACCAUAUAUUUUGUGAAACAAAUGCUUGUAGGUUUUGAUCAAACGAUAAUUCAGUUUGCACUGACUAUUAUGUAAAUCAUAUUCAUACAUAGGACAAAUAUAUUCAUAUAUAUUCAUAUGAAAAAGACGAAAUGUUAAAAUAAUUGUUAAUUAAAAAUUAAUUAAUUGUUAAAAUAAUUGUUAAUUCUUAAUAAUUGUUAAUUUGCCAUUAGGACGUAUAAUUUUAUAUACACCAUGGAGGUAUGUGUAAACACCAUAUUUUGUGGAACAAAUGCUUGUAGGAGGAAGAAGCAGGUACCAGAAGAGUCCAAAUUUGCCAAUAAUAUAUUAAUCUUAAGUAGAUCAAAUAAGUUUAUGUGGACUUGUGGGUAGAAUAGAGGGAGUACCAGGUGUAACAACAUUCAGCUAUGGUGAGCCUGAAGUAAAAAAAGUGAUAGCUCUAAAUGCCCAGAAAAAAACGGUGUUAUAAAUAGUGUUAAUUUGACAGUAGUGCGUACAUUAAAUAUAUUUUAGUGAAAAGAUAGACGUGAUGGCCAAGUAGGAGCAUUUACAUUCUCCUCAACAUAGUUGGGGCCGAGCUGAGUUGAAAAGGUAGGGAUGCGGCAACAUCCGGAAAUUGCACUCUUAGACUUAAAUUAGAAUAGAGGGAGUACCAGGUGUAACAACAUUCAGCUAUGGUGAGGCUGAAGUAAAAAAAGUGAUAACUCUAAAUGCCCAGAAAUGAAAAAAAAACGGUGUUAUAAAUAGUGUUUAUUUGACAGUAGUGCGUACAUUAAAUAUAUUUUAGUGAAAAGAUAGACGUGAUGGCCAAGUAGGAGCAUUUACAUUCUCCUCAACAUGGUUGGGGCCGAGCUGAGUUGAAAAGGUAGGGAUGCGGCAACAUCUUAGACUUAAAUUAUUUCUUAAGUGUCUUAAUUUCACUUUUUAAACUCGUUCAAUUGUACUUAGAUCAAAUAAGAUUUUGUGAAAUUGUACAUCAGUUUCAGUUUCAGUUAAUUUUCCAAAAACUUCCAUAUGUUCAUGUACUGAACAAUGAAAGGAUGUCCAACAAAAGAGCAGAGCUCAUACACCAUUGGCCACCUAAACAAAAUUAUUAACAAUUACACGAACAUGACGUGAUACAUGAAAACAGUGACAAAAACAUGUUAGCAGGAUAUGAACUAUAUAAAUGUAUGUAUGAAUGUAAAUAUAUAAAGGAUCCUUAUUGAUACGUUAACAACAAAUAAUUGUUUUACAUCAUUUUGAACAUUUUGACAGAUACUGAAAUACGAAUAGAAGCAUCAAUAUUAUUUCAUAAAAUCGGACCAUGCCUUCAGAUAGUAUUUCUGGCCAUAUUGGUAACAAAAGUAUGUGGACGGUACAUAUCAGAGGACCUUAAUCAUGAACUGAAUUUACUCUAACAAAAUAAUUCGAAAAAAUUAACUGGUCAUAAAUUAUUUUUAAAUUUAUUCAUAAAAACACCUUUGGAUAACUUAUGAAUGUCAUACAGAGUUAAAUUAUUAAGACUGGCAAAUCAUGGUGGUGAAUGUUCAUGAAAUUGUGAAUCUGUACAUAGACGCAUGCGCUUUUGCUUGCGAUAAAUUAUUAUGGUCAGCCCAAAUCACAUUACAAUAUUGGAUAUGAGAAAGAACUAAGGUCUUAUAUAAAGAUGAUAAAACAUUGGCUUUAGUCUGAAGAGAAUACCAGAAUAUUUUGAAACUAAAUUUGCAAUAUAAGUUGUAUGUUGAUUCUAAGUUAAACAUUCAUUAUUAAACCAAGAUAUUUGCAGCUAGUAACAGGCAAGAUAUUAUUACCAUCUAUAGCAAUAUUAAGACUCUUGUAAGUACGGUUACUAUAUCUAUUUCUGAAAAUCAUAUAGUUGGACCAGCAUGAAAUAAUCAAAAGAUCGAAAUUAACAGUAUAAACUAGAGAGUUUAAAUUAUCAUCAGAAAUUAAUAAAUUUGUGUCGUCGACGAAUAAAAUAAUAUUUGAGUGUUUACAUAUGUAGGCUAAGUCAUUUAUGUAAAUAAUAAAACAUAAAGGGCCUAAAAUUGAGCCUUGGGGGACACCACAACAAGUAUUUAAAAAUUAUAACUUAUGAUAGUUAAAAGAAAAAAAUAACUGUUGAACCACUCAAAGGCGAUACCACGAAUAUAUUGAUGCAGUUUACAGAGUGGAAUCUUGUGAUUUAUGGUAACAAAUGCCUUUGAGAGGUCCAAGAAAAUUCCAAAAACAUGUUUCCUCUCAUUAGGUUCGGAAAUAAUGUUAUCAUAUGCCUGUAAAACAGCCAUUUUAGUAGACAUAUUUGGGCGAAAGCCAAAUUGGUUUUUAUGCAAUAGAUUAUGUCACGUCGAGAAAGAUAGUUAUAGAGUCUUUUAUGAAUAAUGCGUUCUAAAAUUUUGGAGAAAACGGGAAGGACUGAGAUGGGCCUUUAGUUACCAAAGGUAUCAGUCUCCCAACUAUUGUAAACAGGAGUUAUCUUGGCAAUUUUCAGUUUCUCUGGAACGAUUCCAGUAGUUAAGGAAAAAUUAUAAAUGUGAACAAGUGGAGGUGCUAUUAGUUCACCAACUGAUUUAUCAAAAUCAGGCUUGAUAUCAUCAAAGCCGCUACUAACACCAGAUUCCAAAUUUCUAACUAUUGAGAGUAUUUCAUCUGUAUCAGUUGGUGGAAAAAAGGAAAGAUCUAAGUGGAUAUUUAAUUUAUUCAUGAAAUUUUUGAAAGUAAUAUCAGGCUGAGGAAUUUUAUGCGAAUAUUCAGGACAAAUUAAAAAAAAAUAUUUAUUAAAAUUAUCAACAAUAAUUUGAGGAUCAAAAAUUUGUAUAUCGUUUAUUUUAUAAAAAGAUGAGAUUGGUUUAAUCUUAUUUAGUCGAUCCAUAAUGCUGUUAAUAAUAUUCCACGUUUGUUUUGAAUUAAACUUUG